AUGUACACAAAGAUUGAAUAAUUUUUACUUUAGAAAAUAGAUACAACAAAAGCUCUAAUUUUUCACUUUAAAAAUAGACAGAGCAAGAGCCCUAAUUUUUUACUUUAAAAAUAAGUAUUAUAGAUACUUUAAUGAAUGACACGUGUCUAAAAGUUGAUUUAUUUUAUUAUAGUAGAUAGAUUUUAUGUAUAAAUGGGAUUUUUAGUUUAAAAACCUAAUCUAAAUGCUCUCAAACCUGAAUUUUAGAUUAAAAAUAUUAUUUAAUUGAGUAAGAAAUAAGUUGUAAAUAACUUUUAAAUGAUACAUUUAUAUAAAUAAUGAAAAUAAAAUUCAAAAAGUACCAAUGUGAAUGCUCUUACUUAGUUGUCGACAUUUUGGCAAAAUAUUUAUUGUUAGCCCAGGGAAGACAAAUAUCCAUUCACCUCCCAACUUCAAAUUAAUGGCAUCUACUUCCUCCUCUACUACUGUUAUGGCUUCUUCUUCUUCUAGUGACAAAGCUUGCAGCUAUGAUGUCUUUUUAAGCUUUAGAGGCGAAGAUACUCGAAAUUCAUUUACUGAUCAUCUAUACCAUAAAUUAGUUCAAGCAGGAAUUUCUACCUUUAGAGAUGAUGAAGAAAUCAACAGAGGUGAAGAACUGAAACCUGAAAUUGAGAAAGCAAUCAAAGCAUCUAGGUCUUCAAUAGUUGUAUUAUCAAACAACUAUGCAACUUCAACUUGGUGCCUUGAUGAGCUUGUGCUCAUCCUCCAGCAAAGGAGGGAGUGCGGUCAUAUUGUUGUACCAGUUUUUUAUCACGUCAAGCCCACAAAUGUCAGGAAUCACAAACAAAAGUUUGCCAUCAAAGUCAAGACUGCUUCAAGGUGGACUGAUCACAACGUAAAUAUGUGGAAGAUGGCUCUUACGCAGGUUGCUGAUUUGACCGGCUUGGAGCUCACAGGGCCUGAAACAAGCUUUUUGAAGGAAAUUGUUGAUAUAAUUUACACUAAGUUAGAUCGUAGAGAUGUUCAUCUUCCACUCAAUAUAACGGGGAUGACCACUCGUUAUAAGGAGAUCAUAUCCUGGUUAGAUGAGUACAAUCUUGAAAUUUUAGCAAUUUACGGCAUGGGUGGAAGUGGCAAGACAACCCUAGCCAAAUAUAUAUAUGACUCAAAUCAUAAAACUUUUGAAUAUGUGAGUUUUGUUGAAGACAUUGGUAGCAGAUGUAAAGGGCCACAUGAUUUACUUAAACUACAAGAACAACUGCUCAAAGAUAUUUUAGGGGGAAAAAAGAGAAAAAUACCUAGUGUUUCUCGAGGUACAUGCAUGAUUGAGGAAGCCUUGCAAACAAAGAGAAGUCUCAUUGUUCUUGAUGACAUUGUUGAUCAUAAGCAGUUAGUUGCUCUUCUGGGAACCGGGAAGAUUAAUGCACAAAGCAAAAUUAUAAUUACAACCAGGGAAAAGAAUACAGAUACCUGGUUUGACUAUUCAUAUUGGAGGUGUCAGAAGUAUGAAAUGAGAUUAUUGAAUGAUGAUGAAUCACAAGAACUAUUAAGUCGUCAUGCAUUUGGGUCCAAAAUUCCCAUGGCGGGCUUUGAGGAGCUUGUACUAGAAGCAGUACAAUAUUGUGAAGGAAAUCCUCUAGCUCUUGAAGUUUUAGGCUCAUCUCUAUUCAAGAACAAUACCAUCUCACAUUGGAGAAGUCAAUUGAAUUUAUUGGAAAAAGAUAUAGAUUCUAGACUUCAUGGUGUACUUGUUAGGAGCUACAUGUCAUUGCCAUAUAACUCUGAAAAAGAGUUGUUUUUGCAUAUCGCUUGUUUCUUUAUAGGCAAAGACAUGGAAUAUGUGGUAAAGAUAUUGGAGCCUGAUUACUCUGCAACAUCUGGGAUUAAAACCCUGAUUGACAGAUGUCUUCUUUCUGUUUCACCAAACAAAAAGCUCAUGAUGCACAGAUUGCUUCAAGAUAUGGGGAAAAACAUAGUCCGUCAAGAAUCGAUAAAAUCCCCUGCAAAGCGUAGUAGAGUUUGGCUUAGUAUAGACACUUAUAAGAUAUUGAGCAAAGGAAAGGGUUCUAAAACGGUAGAAGGUUUAGCACUAGAUAUGCAAGUGCUGUUGGAAGAGAAUAUUGCAGCAUUCAAGGCUUGGGAGCUUAAAACAGACUCACUUAGAAAUAUGGAUAGACUAAAAUUGCUCCAGCUAAAUUUCGUGCAACUCAAUGGAUCCUAUGAAAAUAUUUCUGAAGAUUUAAGAUGGCUCUGCUGGCUUGGAUUCCAUUUAAGAACCAUACCCUCAGACUUAUACAUGGGAAACAUGGUGGCUAUAGAUAUGAGCUAUAGUAACCUGCAAGUAUUUGAACCCCCUAUGGUUCUUCAGUCAUUGCAGAUUCUAAAUCUUAAAGACUCACACAAUCUAUUUGAAAUCCGCAACAUAUUCAAGAUGCCUCGUCUUGAGACUUUAAUUCUUUGGAACUGUUACAAAUUGCAUAUUGUUUGUAAAACCAUUGAAGGCCUUGGAAGUCUUGCAACAUUGAACAUGACAGGGUGUAAAAACCUAUUCAAUAUGUUAGGAGCUUCUACUUCUGGUGGAGUUGUUACAAAACAACCUACUUUUUACUUCCCACUUUCAUUACAUCGGUUAUUCCUCAAAGACUGCAAUCUUGAGUGUACUGAUUCUUUUUCUUCGAGUUUCAAAAUUCAACCAUAUUUGCAGUACUUGAAUUUAGGCAAUAAUCUAUUUGAGUCCAUUCCUUGCUACAAUCAUCUUCGGGUUCUUGAUUUGAGUUUUUGCUCUAGACUGAAAUGCCUUGUAUGUCUCCCUAGAACACUUGCAGAACUGUAUAUAUAUUACUGUGUGUUACUAGAGAGAAUAACUUUCGAAUCACAUAGAUUCACUUUGCAAGAGUUCGGCUAUGAAGGCUGUAAUAGUUUGUAUGAAAUUGAAGGGUUUAUCAAAUUGGUAUUAAUAGCUAAUCUAAAUGAAAAUGAUUUGGGACACAUGAAGUGGCUACGAGAAUAUAAGAAUCACCAGGUGUGCCUUGUUGGUGAGGAUGAGCUCACAUUAGGCAGAAGUAGCCAAAUCCAGAUGUUGUUUGAAUUUGGUAUGAUGAGCACAUCUCUGCCGGAUAUAAAAGAUCCCAACAUAACACCUACGUAUAUAUCAGAAUCAAAUUCUUUGUCCUUUGACGUUCCUUCGUGUCCCAUAAAUAAGACGCUUAAAGGAAUUAAUGUAACUUUUAAGUAUGCAGUAUCAGGUGAUGAUUGGGUAUGGUUUUGUAAAGUCAGUACGAGCAAUGGUGUUGUUGAUAUGAUGUACAACCCUAAAGUCUUUGGCAAACCUGAAUCUGGGAAAGUAUGCAUAUGGUUAAGCUAUUGGCCAAUCGGGAAUGUAUUGCACAUGGGAGACACAGUUAGCGUGUCUAUUAUUGUGAUGAGCGGAUUGGAGGUACAUGAAUGUGGUGUGAGUCUUGUGUACUGUGAUCAUGAAACCUUGGAAAAUAACUUGGGAUGGGCCGAAAUCGUUGGAGUAGAUCUGACGGAAUUUGAAUUAAGCACAGGAGCUUACUAUCUUUGUCGGCGUGAUUUUUUCUCGUUAAUGGAGGUUGGUAGAUUGACUCCUGAUUGGUUUAGGAUUUUAGUUGGUGAUACCAUUGACUACACUGAGGUAAGAGGAUGGAGAAAGACAGGUCGGCCAAAACAGGUGACUGAUCCAUCAUUUACAGAGUUGAAAGCUAUUAGAUGUAUCAUGGAUGGUCCUGAGUUGGAGGACGUUUACAAGAUUGCAGAGAUGUCCAAAUCAUCUAUUGUUGUUGAUAAAACUGUGUCAUUCACAUCAAGCUUGCUUGAGGGGGGAGUUCAAUCUUGCACUAGAUCUGUUUUAAUUGAUAAAGCAAUGGAGGAAAUGGAUCGGUCCAUGGUGCCGGGUAUGGAUCUACCGAUCAUGCAUGAUAGUGACCGGUAUGAUUUGGUUAAAGAUAUUGGGGCUGGGAACUUUGGAGUUGCUAGGCUUAUGAGAGAUAAACGGACCAAAGAACUUGUUGUUGUUAAGUAUAUUGAAAGAGGCCAAAAGAUGGACGAGAAUGUUCAAAGGGAAAUCAUCAAACACAGGUCUCUUAGACAUCCUAACAUAGUUAGGUUCAGAGAGCUCAUAUUGACACCGACCCAUUUGGCGAUUGUGAUGGAAUAUGCAUCUGGGGGCGAAUUAUUUGAUAGAAUUUGCGAUGCAGGGCGCUUCAAUGAGGAUGAGGCCCGGUUCUUCUUUCAACAACUUAUAUCUGGUGUCAGCUACUGUCACUCUAUGCAAGUUUGUCACCGCGAUUUGAAGCUAGAGAACACUUGGUUGGAUGGAAGCCCGGCUCCCCGUUUGAAGAUUUGUGAUUUCGGUUACUCCAAAUCCUCAGUGCUGCAUUCACAGCCAAAAUCGACAGUCGGUAAACCAGCAUACAUAGCUCCUGAAGUGUUGCUCAAGCAAGAAUAUGAUGGAAAGAUUGCAGAUGUGUGGUCAUGUGGGGUUACAUUAUACAUCAUGCUCGUUGGUGGCUACCCGUUUGAAGACCCUAACGAACCAAAAGAUUUUCGCAAGACGAUUCAUAGAAUUCUUCAUGUUCAGUAUUCUAUUCCAAAAAACAUUCAGAUAUCCCCUGAAUGUCGGCACCUCAUCUCAAGAAUGUUUGUGGCAGACCCUGCACAGAGAAUCACCAUGGAUGAGAUAAAGAAGCAUGAUUGGUUUCUAAAGAACCACCCUGCUAACCUCAUGGAUGAAGAUAAGACGAUGAGCAACCAGUUUGAAGAGCCGAUGCAGAGUGUGGACACAAUCAUGCAGAUUAUAUCUGAAGCCACCAUUCCACCUGCAGGCCUCUAUGAUCUUGAUAUGAUGGAUGAUGAUGAUCUUGAUGACUUCGACUCUGACCCUGAUGAACUUGAUUUCGAUAGCAGUGAUGAGCAUGGUUUAAAAAAACGUUCGAGGGGUCGGUUUUGAGGUGCGCCUCGAGGCAAAACGGGAAGAAACCGUUUUUGAGGCGUCGCCUCGGUGGUUAAUUUUAUACGUACGCCUCAUUUGGUCUGAGGCGGUCGUAUCUGGUAGAGGCGUACGUUUCUGAUGGAAGAGGGAGAAUUAGGGUUUUAUCCUUUGGAGAUGACGACUGUAUAAACAAUUGAUGCUUACCAGGUGUGGUGUUGAACAACAAACACAGCAGAUGGACAUGUAGCAUGGAUUGGAUGAUCCGAAAGAAACAAAGUAUAUGAAGAUGACGGCUGUAUAAACAGUUAGGUUUCUUAUGGUAGAUGGAGUUUGGAGAUAACGAUUAGGUUUUUAGAUGUAAAACACGCAUGCUCUGAGUUUUAUAAAAAAGUGGGCUCUUUCAAACUUGGGCUCAUUCUUAAAACAUGGGCUCUCCUAAAAAUAAGGAAAUUUUACUUAGCCCAAUGAAUUCUUGAAGUAUUUAUUGGAAUUUUGAAGUACUAUUUGUUGUGAAACAACAACCUACUAGCCUUAUAGCAAACAAUAAGAGAAAGAGAUGUAUGGAGAAAGAGAUUGAUAUUUCAUUGAUAUGUAUGAUUUACAAUGAGAUACAAUAGUGGUAUAUAUAGGUGUACAAAACUUGCUGAGAAAGCUAAUCUAUUUUUGGUGUUGAUAACCACAUUAAUAAUAAAUAUAUU